GUUGAUUUUCAAUCUCCGGCCACCGGCAUGACGAUAUCAGACGAUGAAGGCGAGAGUCUGGCUCAAUUUCUCGAGGAAGAGAUCCUCUCUGAGGUCUCCGAUCAGGAGGAGGAGGAAGAUGUGAUGAUAAGGGAGCCCAACCCUAAGAGAAUGUGUAUGACUGAGGAUAAGCCAGAGAUUCACAAAACCAAAGAAGAAGAUAAAGCGAGCUGCUCUUCAUCUUCUUCAACUGCCAUUGUUAGAAUUGAUACCGGAAUUUUGACCAAAAUCCCACCUGAGCUGUUUCGUCACAUCCUCAAGUUCCUAUCUUCUGAGGAUCUCAUUGCUUGUUCACUCGUCUGUAGAUUCCUGAAUCAAGCAGCAUCUGAUGAAUCCUUGUGGCAACGCUUGUAUCGUAUGCGAUGGGGUCUUCAGCCUCCUACCAGAAAGCUAAGGGACUGUCCUUGGAAACACCUUUACAUUAAGCGUGAUGAAGAGGACAUGGUAGAUAUUGGUAGAAAUUGCCCGGUUGAGUUCAAGGAGUACUAUGUCCAAAUGCAAGCUGCCAAAAGAAGUGAAGCACCUCUUCCUUCACAGGUGAAAGUGAAUGAUGAUGGGUUAAUUCUUGACAAGACAGUUGCUGAUCAAGUUUCCAUCUGGAAAAGAAGUAAAGGCCUGACUGAUAAGGUGUCAACCGAUCAUGGUUGUUCCGGUGAAAAGUGUACUUACUACCAAGUUGGAGAUGUGUUUGUUUGCGAGAAGACUGGUCAGGUUCAUGUAUGUGAUGAGUUUUGCAGAGAAGCUGUUAUGGAUCCGGCUAAUAUGCUUUGGGUCUGUCAAAUAUCUGGUCAUUGCUUUGAUAAUGUAAUGUCACCACAAGAAGGAGAGUCAGAUUCAGAACAGCAGCAGGAAGAUCCGACAGAUGAGCCAGAACCAUUCAUGGGAUCUGGCCGCUUUGCGCGAGCUUAUUUGCUGGGAUAUAACUGCGCGGAUGAGAAGGAGCUAGAAGCUACUUUGAGGUUCCUUUGAACAGAUCAAGGCCUCCUAUCUUGGUGAUGUUUGGCAUGGGCCAUCUUGUACUAUCUGUACUAGCUAUCUUAAAAGUUGAGAUCCCCAGCUGUGUAUGCCUGGAGUUAGAGUAGAUUCUAUUUCAUUUUCUUUUCCUGGAGUUUAUUGUUAGAGCAGGUCCGGGGGAGUGUACUAUCUACAUACCUACUACUGCUGUCGUUGUUAAGCUAUUACAGCCUAUUACAGAGCUGCCCUUGCUGGCUUUUAGCAUUGUAUGAGCUAUUUUUAAGUAAUAAAUUUAUAUUUACUCAAAAUCAAAA